UACGUGUGUGUGUGUGAGUGUAUACUAUAUGAAAAGCUCUGAUUCUCACAUGUAAUGAAAAGCUGUAUCGGUGGCCAAGUGUUGCAUUAUCUCAGUUUCUGUGCCUAAAAUUGUGGUGCUCUGAGCUGGGGUCCUUGGCCAUGAUGAUGAUCAGAUCAGUAAUAACAAGUUGUUCCUUCUUUGUAUCAACGAUUUUGUUUCUUCUCUCCAUUUCGGAUUUGUUAGUGAAAAUCCAUGGCCUUGGUUUUGGAAUCAACUACGGACAGAUAGCCAACAAUUUACCUCUUCCAUCUCAAGUAGCUGUUCUUAUAAAAUCUUUGAAUGUGAGUAGGAUCAAACUGUAUGAUGCUGAUCCAAAUGUUUUGGUGGCCUUCUCAGAAACCAAUGUGGAAUUCGUUAUAGGACUUGGGAAUGAGUACCUAGAGAACAUGACAAACCCUUCUAAAGCUCAAACUUGGAUUCAGCAGCAUGUCCAACCUUACUUCUCACAGACCAAAAUCACUUGCAUCACUGUGGGAAAUGAGGUGUUCAAUAGCAAUGAUACUCAGCUAAUGUUGAACCUCCUUCCAGCAAUGCAAACUGUGCAUGAUGCCCUUGUUAAUCUUGGACUAGAUCAGGAAGUUACUGUCACAACUGCUCAUUCCUUCAACAUAUUAUCCAAUUCCUACCCUCCUUCAUCUGGGGCUUUUAGGGAAGAUCUUGCACAAUAUAUCCAACCCCUUCUUGAUUUUCAUGCUCAAAUCAACACACCUUUCCUAAUCAAUGCAUACCCUUUCUUUACAUACAAAGACAACCCAGAUGUGGUUCCCUUAAACUAUGUUCUUUUUCAGCCAAAUCAAGGCACGGUUGAUCCAAAUACCAAUUUGCACUAUGACAACAUGUUAUAUGCUCAAAUUGAUGCUGUCUAUGCUGCCAUCAAACAAAUGGGGCAUGAUGACAUUCAAGUGAGGAUUUCUGAGACUGGUUGGCCUUCUAAUGGUGACCCUGAAGAGGUUGGAGCUACUCCACAGAAUGCAGAACUGUACAAUAGUAACUUGCUCAAGAGGAUAGAGCAGAAACAAGGCACUCCUGCAAAACCAUCUGUUCCUAUUGAUAUUUAUGUUUUUGCACUUUUUAAUGAGGAUUUGAAACCCGGUCCAGCUUCAGAGAGAAACUAUGGCCUUUACUAUCCUAAUGGUACUCCAGUUUACAACAUUGGAUUGAAGGGUUAUCUUCCACAAAUGCCUAUGGCAGCUAAAUCCAAUAUUUUGCCAGUCAAUUUUUUUGUAUGCAUAGUUGUAAGCUUCAUCUUUGCUUUGGAGCUUUCAAGAUGGUGAUCAGAAGAAGAGAAGUCUCAUAAGAAAACAGAGGAAUUUCCAUACGUCAUAUCUUGUCAUACAAAGCUAUUAAGGGAGAAGGAAACUAAAUCAUCUCAACUUUCUUUUCAUUUGUCCAAGGAAAUGGAAGAUACAUCAUUGUUAAAAUCAUUCAUACACUUUUAU